GUCCGGAAGUGGAGAGCCCGUGUGUGUGGGGCCGUCCGUCCGAGAGGACACCAGAUGCAGUCACCGUAAAGAAACUUAAAAGUAUGUCGAAUGUAAAGAUCUAACGGACUCGCAGUUCGGUUAGAAGCUGGCAGAAGACAGCUGUUGUCGUUGGAAGAAGUUUCUGUUUACCGUAAUUGCGUAACGAUACAUAGGUACAACAGAGUUGAGGCAUCUUCGAGGAUAUGGCUUUGGACUACGGACCACCUGUAGUUGCACAACCCUUCCUGCCACCACCACCACCAUAUCAACCAGCACCAGGAUCUGAGCCAGGCCCAUUGCAGGUUAGGAACAUGGAGGCACACGAUGUGGACUUUGUGGCUCGAAUGCUGGUGGAGGCCUUCAGCGAUAAGUUUGAGCAUGCGGUUGGGAAGAGUCGCAUGGAGGGUGCGGUCAAACAGUCAGCCAGUAGUCUGGGGAGGUCCCGAAACGUGUGGCACCGAUAUCGCAUAGCCAUGUAUGAAGGCAGGCAGGCUGGUGCGAUGGCACUCAGGUUCCAUGGAGACAGUGCUGAGGAAGAUUUCCAGUGUGGGGAGGCCUGCUCGUACCUUGGUUGUUGGGGCACUCGUGGACUGAUAUGCUUGGGCUGUGCUGUAGACGGCACCAGCGUUCCUAUGGGGCAGUGUUACGUAGACCACAUCGGGGUGGACGCAAGCUUUCGCGGGAGGGGCAUCGGCAAGAUGCUGAUGGAUAGGGCAGAUUACGAUGCCAGGCAACAUGGAUGCACGUCAAUAUUCCUGUGGGUGAAGCAGAGCAACCGCGCGGUUCAUCUGUACGAACGACAGGGCUACGGCAUCACUGAAACAGUCAAUGGUAGCUGCUUCAUGCGGUGUGCGUUGGGAAGUGCGGACUUUUACAAGAUGCAGAAGCAGCUCUAGUGUUCAAGUCACACAACAGAGCCUCAAGUUCAAAGUUCAUCUGUGUUGGUACAAAUCAGUCCAAAACAAAGUUUAACUUAAAAGUCCAUUUUUUGUGUGUUGGAAACUACAGACUGUAACUGUUCAACUCUACUUUAACCUCAUGGCUUUUUUGCAAAUGACUGCUGUCAGAUUGUGUGUUUGACGUUUUAAGGAAUUUGAAUUCUGUUAAACUGCUUUCUAUAUCUUAGAUGUACAUAUGUAGAUGAUCAGGGAUCUAAACUAACGGGGGGUGCCCUAAGAUGCUUCCUGCCUUUAGAUGCCACUUAUCCAAGUAUGGUCUUUAGAUAAAUGUGUUAAAAAUUCUUUGAUCAAAACUUGACCACUCUUUGGCAACUAGUGAUGGAGCACCGUGAGUUCAAGCGCGUAAAAAAGCAUAGCAUCUGAGGGCGGCCCCCAUAAUAUAAUUAUAUCUAGUUUGCUACACUGGUGUAACAAGGAGAUACUGAACUGUUACACUAUUAGAUAACUUUUUUCUUGUAUAUGUUCACUUUGAGUGUUACAUUUUACACCUGUUGAACAAAGGACGGUACAGUUGUAUUUUACCUACAGAUUUAGAUUUGUACCUUUGCAUUAUAUUUUCUUGGUUAUACUAUUUUCAAAAAUAUUGAUGAUGUAGAAUUUCUUUGGAACAAAAAUGUUAUAUAGUAGAUGUGUAUUUUUGUGCUUUCAAAUAGUCUUUUAUUCCAAAAUUGUGAAAUAUGUCCUUGAACGUUAAAAAGGGAAGAGCAAAGACCAGUUACAUAGGGAGGGGGUCUGCUAACUGAAACACAUCCCAAUGCUGGUAAAUCAGCAAAUGUAUUACUUGAUACAUAAUAAAGAACCCUGCUUGCAGAAUUUUAAGCAAGACAAUGGACUGCAUGAACAUAUAUCUGUUAUCACGCUUCAGCUAGUGUAUAACCAUUAAACCCAAAACAUAGACUAGAGUGGCUCUAGAGUCAGCCUAAGUGUUUUGUGGUGAAUCAAUUGCAAAGAAGUUAUAUACUUUAAACAUUUUUAGAGGAACGAGGUUACAUUACUUAAAAAGCAAAUCUACAGUUUUUACAACUUGCAAUUGAUACAAAGUACCAAUAAUAGAUUAUCUUAUGUCAGACACAGAAAUGUGUCGGUCUAUCAUUUCAAAUGUUUUUUAAACAAAACAAAUUAAAGUUUUCUACUCUUUAAGAGUAAUUCUACCUUCUUAGUUAAGCAAUUAUGCCAUGGGCAAGGCUGCUAACUUUUCACA